AUGUCACCAUCAACAAGAACACUCACCCUGCUGACCCGCAACCUUGUCGCCCGACCCCUAACCACCAGCCGGCCCGCCAUGCGUCCGACCCCAACAACCCGCACAAUCGCCCGCGCCUCGUCCACCUUCAACCCCGGCCCGUCCCCACCGCGUCUGCCCGCCGAGCAGCAAGCCGAAUUCGAGCGGCUGCAGCGCGAAGCCUCGGUCGCCGACUUCUCUUCCACCACUCCCGCCGUGUCCGAAGCGCCGCGGCCUGUCCAGGUCGAGGACGCCGCGACCAACAACGGCGCGGCGGCUGCGACCUCGGGCGGCAUACGCAAGGGCGCGCCGCCCGAGUUCGAGGGCGAAGUCAACCCCAAGACCGGCGAGGUCGGCGGCCCCAAGAACGAGCCGCUGAGGUGGGGCGCCGCUGGGGAUUACAGCUUCAAUGGGCGCGUUACGGACUUUUGA